GCUGCAUGUGGAGAUGAAAGCCUUGUGGUUUUUGCACACGACUGUUUUCCACUGCUGAAAUUUCCACUGGUAAGCCACAACAGUCAUAAAAAUCAUAACUGACUGAGGAUUCAACAGAUCGCACAGAUCCUCGUCCACCUGCAGCCGAGCAGAGAGCAAUGGAUCCUGGGUACUCCUCUGCACCUUACCCUGUUGAGACCGUCCCACUGCAGGACAGGAGACAUGAAGCGUCCCCUGGACAGCCUGGGGGUCCCACAGGAGUUCAGCACACCGUAGUGAACGUCCCCACUGAGCCUCCAACUGAUUAUCUGGUCUGGUCGCUGUGGAACUUCGUCUAUGGAAAUAUUUUCUGUUUUGGAUUGGUGGCUCUCAUUUAUUCUGUCAGGGCCAGAGACAGGAAGGUGGUCGGAGAUCAGGACGGAGCCAGACGUCACGCCUCCACUGCUCGCGCUUUCAAUAUCGCAGCGACUGUCCUGAUAUCUUUACUCGUCUUUCUCUCCAUUGUUGUGCCCCUUGCUUUAAUUUCAGAUAUGGGAAGAUACAGAUAUAGCUAUUUGGGGCGAGCUGCGGUGUUGAAGGGGGUUAGCACGCUCCACUUUGGGAGGCAUUAGACCCGCGGACGUUGCGGGUUCGACUCCCGGUCCCGACGACCUUUGCCGCAUGUCCUCCUUCAAAAAAAUGGCGCUGGCUCAGCUGGCUGCCUGCAGACGCA